UUUGUUACUGCAGCAAAACAUAAAAAUCAAAGGGCAAAGUGCAAACCCUAGAGAGAGCUCAAGAAGAUGGGAGUUAUCAAGUCAGCCAUGGCGGACGCUCUUUUAACAUCCAUGUGGAUUUUCAGCAUGCCCUUUCUCAGGGUUUUCACCCUCCAAAUAUCUGGUUUCCUCGGCGUUCAAACCCUCCCUCUGGCCAUCUUCUUCAUCACCACAAUCGUGGUCAGCCUCAUGAUGUUUAUCUUCACCUUGAUCGGCAGCGCUCUCGGCGGCGCCAACUUCAAUCCCACUGCCUCCGUCGCUUUCUACGCCGCCGGUCUCAAGAAAGACAUGUCACUCCUUUCGAUGGCCGUGCGUUUUCCGGCGCAGGCCGCCGGUGGAGUGGUUGCUGUGAAGGCAAUUCUGGGGAUCCUUCCCAGGGAAUUAAGGAAAACCAUGAAAGGACCUUCGUUGACAACCGUGGGAUGUGUUGGGACAGGGGCUAAGUACACUGGACCAUCCCUGAACCCAGCCAAUGCAUUUGGGUGGGCGUAUGUAAACAAGUGGCACAAUUCAUGGCAACUUUAUUAUGUAUAUUGGUUAGGUCCUUUGACAGGGGCAACUUUGGCUGCUUGGGUUUUCAGAUUCUUGCUUUCUCCUCCACCAACAUCAACCAAGGAGAAAAAAACUUGAUUUUUGUAAAAAAUUGUCCUCUCUAUUUCCAAUAAAAACAUUUCCUUUUUUCCAUUUUCCCUACUUUGAGCUUAUUCAUGAUAGUGGGCUUAUCUUGUUCUAAUCUUUAGCA